AAAACAUAUCAUAUGUGUUCCACAGAAAUUGACGGACGAGAAGAGAUGAAUAAGCGGAACUUCGCUUCCUUCGCUGUUUUUCUUCGAUAGACAGAAGGCCAGAUAAAUCUGUCUCCAAUAUCGCUAUGUAGAUUGAGCUGAAUGUCAGUAGCGUAAUUUUUGUGCUUGUCUUUUUCUCAAAUGGAGUGCUUCCUAUUUAUCAGAUCAGUGACAUUUUUUAAAUAUUGUCUGCUCGAGGUCUCAUGAGCACAUUGUUCACUGAUGCGACCACUGUACGUAUCUGCCAUCUUCUUCUCAUCCAAUCUUUGAGUUUCAUGACCAUAAACCCUGCCCUCUCGAGGAUUCCGCAAUAUCCCAUGUUCCAUAUGCGCGUACGUAGAUCGUGAGUUUGAGUUACUCAUCGUAGUGAGUGAGAUUCUUCUGCUUUAGAAUCAAGCUACAGCUGGGAUUCCUCAUUCACACUUUCUCUUUGGAUGCAUGAGCUGUAGAUCUCGUGUAUCUUUGAGCCGGUUCAAAGUUUGCACUGAGAUUUAUCAGAUGAAGGCGUUAUUCGAUCUGCAGUGGUGGAAAAGGUGUUUGAUGCGCACGAUCUAGACUACUGGCGAUGAGGUUGGGAGGAGGUGUUCGAAAGAGAGUGAGACUCAUCAGGAUUGUGGAGCUAGACCUGUCUCGCUUUUUCUUUGCGGACUCUUGUUUUCUGAAUUUCGGGCAUCCAGAACUCAGAUGAAGUCAUCAAGCUUUACGUCUUGCGUAAUUCGGGCCAAUUCCGCGAAGUACAAGAAGAUCCACUCUGGUCUUGGGCUACUCUUGCAGAACCAGGCACUGCCAGGGUCCCUCAGAAGCUUGGUGGGGAAGAGCAAUGCGCAAGGUGCCGGGAAUUACGGAGCUCAGCAUUUUGAACUUGCGGCAAAUGUCUCCAAUUCCGGCGAGCCUGUUGCUAGUUCUCUCGCGGGUCCUGCACCGCUGGAUGUGCUGGACAAAUUGUCCGCUACAGAUGUCACAGUUGCUCCCAAGGGUGCGAAUCAAGCCGAGGUGGUCAUAGGGUUCCAUGAAAGAAUGCUGGAAUUUUCCAAACGGUUGUUGGCGCAUUCAACUCCUGUAACAUAUGGUCGCCUCGCAGCCGCAAGUUUCUACCAGACGGGAUUUUCAAAGUUGCAUAGGAGGUGCAUUUCACAGAUUUCAGGACAGAAGUUACUCGAGGAGAAUAAGACGGGCGUGUCAGGAGUUGUUGAAGGAAACAGUGAAAACUCCAGUUCAGCAUAUAAUAAUGACAGUACCAACGAGCUGUUGGAUCUUUGGCGCAGUGAGCAGGAGCAAGAAACACUUGAUGACAACGAUACUCUCAGUACCACAAGAAGUGCUCAUGCUGAUGAGGUUAUCCCCUUUGAAGAUUUUAUUUCCAGUGAGUUACAGGAGACUGAGGAUGCUUCAGACGCUUCAGAUGUUCAGCUGCAAGGAGGUGAGGCUCUCACUCUGAAUGAUCUGUUGUCAACACUCAACAGUAUCGAGAAGACAGAUGAUCUGUAUGCAAAGCUGAGGCCAUUCAGCGGGAAGAUCUCAGCCAAGGAUGCGACAACCGUAAUGAAACUGCUCAACGACAAAAGGCUCUGUUUCAGCUUCUACAAUUGGGUGAAGCAGCAGGGCACAUACACUGCCGACUUACCAUUCUUGUUGGCUGUCGUUCGAUUUCUUCUUGAGACGGGCAAAUUCGAAAAGUUGGUUCACGUCACCCAGGAUCUCUUUGAUGCCGGCUUCACUCUGGAUAGUGGUACUUAUUGCCGAAUCAUCAAUCAGGCAAGUUCUAAAAGUAGGAUCACAAUUUGUGAAUGGUGGUUCCAGAAAAUGAAAGAACGAGGAUGCUGGCCAGAUGCGAUGACCUACAACACUAUGAUACAUGCUUAUGCUUUGGCUCGGUUGCCGGAUAAGGCCUUUGCUACGUUUGAGGAGAUGAAUGAGAGAGGUAUUCAGCCGGAUAUUCACACAUUUGGUCAUCUCCUCCUUGCAUGCCAGAGAAAAGGAGAUGCAGAGCUAGCUCAUAACUACUUUUUGCAGAUGGGAAACUAUGGCUUGAGCCCUGAUCUGGUAACUUGCAGUAUCUUGUUAGAUACUUACGGAAAGCUAGGAAAGGCCGCAGAAGCUGCGGAAGCGUUCAAAGAAAUGCAAAAAGCUGGUAUUACUCCUGACGCCAUUGCGUACAACAGUCUUAUUAAUGCCUAUGGUAAAGCUGGGAUGAUGGAUGAAGCUGCUUCUACGUUCCAUGAGUACCAAAAGGAAGCGGGCCAAUAUCCAGACAAGGUUGUGUUUUGGACUAUGCUACACUUGUAUACCCAAGCUGGACUCUUACAACAAGCUCUGUCUGUGAAGAAGAUGAUGAGGGUUGCUGGGCUUCCAGUUGAUGCUUCUUGCUACACGAAGCUGAUUGACGGCUUCAGGCGGAUGGAGCGAUGGGAGGAUGCUAUUAGAGGGUUCAAGGAAAUGCAGCGUUACAAGUAUCCUAUCGAUCCACAAACUUAUGAAAUGAUGAUGAAGAUUUACACCAAAGUUGGUCAUCAUGUUGAGUGCGAGAGGAUUUUCGAUCAGAUGAUGCAGAAGGGAAUCACUAAGAAAGUUAUAUUUUAUGAGAUAAUGAUUCAGAUUUACAAGCGGACGAAAAACCUUACAAACGCGACUCGUAUUUACGAGCUCAUGAAGCGUAAUGAAUGCCAGCCAAACCGCAACAUUUGCAAUACCAUGAUCCACAUGUACGCCAAGGCCGGCAUGCACUUAGCUUCUGAGAGGAUUGUACGAGAAAUGCAGGCCGCUGGAUUAAAGCUCAAGAAGGAUACUUUUCUAUCCCUGAUAAAGUCGUACGCUGUUUACGGACAGUUCGACAGCGCUAGAGACGUAUACGUGGUUAUGCGGGAGACCGGAGUGCAACCAGAUUACGAGUUAGCCGAGUUGAUGGUAGAAGUUUUCGUGAAGGUAGGACAGGUGCAGGAAGCAAAAAUUCUUUUGAAGGAGAUAGUAGAUGCCGGCAUCAAACCUAGCAAGCGGAUGGUGGCUACUGUGAUCGAAGCAGGAGGUGCCUCCGUCGAUUCCAAGGAUUCGAGUUCUACAUGAGGGCUUCCUUCGCUAAUUUCUACAUUGUUCUUGGACACACAGCAUCUGUGGCUUACUUCACCGAAGGCAUGACCACAGUGAGGUCCACAUACAUCGAUCGUCACGGAAUGUCGUGACUGACAAUUCUUUAACAUCAGCUCUGCCAGGAUGAAGUUGAGGUUACCCAGCUGGCAUCACCGUCGAUCGCGGGAGUAAGGUCUCUGCAGGACUUCUGAGUCAGUUGCUUCAAUCAGAGGAAAAACAUACUGAAGAUUUGUAGAUCUGUUCGUCAGAAUCUGGUCUGGAUGAAGUUGAUGUCCUAGUUCGACAAGGCUCUAAUAUGUUCUCUAUGAUGAGACGAUGACCGCCUGAAUGCUACAAGUUAUGUUGCCAAAGCCUUAUCUCUAUUUUGUAAAUAGAGUUGAAAACGAGUCACCUGAAGUUAUUGGCAGGUUAAAACUUUCGGAGAAAAUAUCCCAGGAUCUUUGGUAAAUGUUUGAUGGAUGGAUCUUAAGUGGCUAAGGCUGGUUUGGAAUAUAGGAUAUCAAGUUGUCGAGGAGUGCCUACUCUGCAUGCGUGUAAAUCUGAUUUGAUCUUAUUAAAGAAGGUUUCACUGAAGUGCUUUUUCCAACACCAGGAGUGUUGUGCAUGUCGACGAUUUUAAUCAAGUAGGCAAUCCCUUAAAACUUGACAGACAGUUAUUCUUGAGAGGUCGUAGAGAGAGCAGGUUCCUCUUUGGAGUGCUCAGAGGUGAAAUUCAUAUGUGUACAACCCCUUCAAAUAUGACAUUUGCAAUACGUAUAUCUGCGGAGAGCCUAAUUUGUAAAUACAUCGGAGACCAGGGGAUACAGAAAUGACAUGGAGGAUUGAAAACAGAGCUUCUAGUACAGAAUUCAAACCUAGAUACGACUUGUAUGUAGAAAUUGAGAAAUUUGCAUCUGUGAAAUUAGUAGUUGACGCAGAAGCUUCCAUGGUAGGAGAUUUUCCUGCGAAGAGUCGGAAUGUUCUCGGAAAGUUCGGUCUUGACUGCUCUGCUGCUGCUGGUGCCCUCAAGCGUUAGGAUAUUGUCAACUCGAACAUUGCUUGAAAGCGGCCGACAACAGGGUAGCCACAGUCGCCCGAAACAUUAUUGAUUCGCCUCGGUCUCUACUGUGUGUGGGCCAGAAAUCUACAAAUUUGUAGCACUUGCAUCGCGGAGGUGAUAGAUCCUUUCGCUAAUAAGAUAUAUUUGAUCUGC